GCAAACAGUCACUAUACUGUACAUAAGCUAAAGCUAAUCGGCGUCCUGGAAAAAUAACACGAUUUACUUAAUGUUUCUCUCGUUGACACAAGGUCUGUGUCAAUUAGUUAAUGGUGUCACAAUUAACCAAUAAAAUAACAAUUUUCAACAAUCAUCAAAAUGUAUUUCAUUCAAAUUAGACUUUUACAAACCGGUUUUGUGUCAAGAAACAAGCGGGGAUUAUGGAGUAUUUUACCACUGGAUAGAAUAGACUCGCACACAUUUAUUAGUCUUCUGACCAGGAUGAACCUGGAUUGGACAUAAUAGUACAUGAUUGAAUAACAUAAUAUGAAUGAAUGAAUAAUAAGUGAAAACUUUUUUUUGUUAUAUGGUUCUUGUUUGAUAACAUGCCUUAUUGGUAUGUAUUUUUACAUAUUUUAUUCAUGCGUAGGUUUAUGUGAAUUAUGUGGUUUAGUGAAAACAUCUUCUGAUAUCACCACAAUAAAUAGCUAAAUGUUAAGGUCGUUUACUUGAAUUGUACACCUCGUCUUUUUCAUUACGGUGACCGAGAUGCGUAAAUUUGGCCUUGAAAACUAAUUGACGUUAAAGUAACUAAGUAUAAAACUAAUGUAGACAUUUUCCGAGUUGCUUCCAAUGUGUGGUGAACUACGUUGUGUAGUAUACAGGUGCAUACAUGUAGGAAGGAAGGAGAGCCUUACUUCCGUGUGCUGUCAAACCGGAGUCACGCAGUCACGUGGCAUGCUGUUAUGGUCACAUGAUGAGGUGGAGCUCACUACGCUUCAGCCUCUGCUGUUGCUGCUGUCGCCGUUCAAUUCCCUCUUUUUCUUUUAAAUAACAUCGUGAAAAUACCUUAAAUCAUUUACUGUGUGUCAUCAGCAGCUGAAGUAACAGCAUCAUGGCUGCUGAUGACAAGUCGUCAUUCGCAUCCUCAACAGAGUGGAGCGCCGAGCUGCCCGCCGUCUCACCUACCAGCCCAUCCCAGUUGACCCACUUCAAACCACUGACUCCAGAGCAGGAUGAGCCGCCACUCCGGUCCGCGUACAGCUCCUUCGUCAGCCUGUUUCGUUUCAACAACAAAGAGGAGGGCCGUCCUUCCACACCAGUUUCAGCAGACACUCCUUCCCCGUCCCCUCAGUCGGAUCGCAGGAGCUGGUCGUCCAGUCCUUCACUGUACAGCUCCAGAUCACACAGGAAGCAGCACGCAGAACACCUCCGACGACCCUCCACUGCCUCAGUGGAUUGGCCAGAGAGCAGCAGAAAGAGCGAUACUCCUCUCAGCAACCAUGAUCCUCGCACCGCUGUCCAACUCCGUACCGCACUGAAGAGACUGAAGGAGAUCAUGGAGGGGAAGAGUCAGGACAGCGACUUGAAGCAGUACUGGAUGCCUGACAGCCAGUGCAAGGAGUGUUACGACUGCAACGAGAAGUUCACCACCUUCCGCCGACGCCACCACUGUCGACUCUGCGGUCAGAUCUUCUGCAGUCGCUGCUGCAACCAGGAAAUUCCCGGAAAGUCCAUGGGCUACACCGGUGAUCUGCGAGCCUGUACGUACUGUCGAAAAAUAGCACUGAGCUACACUCACUCCGCAGACUCCGGUUCCAUCGGUGAGGACCUGAGAGCUCUGUCAGACUCUCCCUGCUCCGUGUGCGUGCUGGAGCCCAACGAACCGCGGACGCCUGUGGGAGGGCGCAAGGCCAACAGGAACAUCUUCCUGGAGGAGGACCUAACCUGGCAGAGAAAAACUCCCAUUGGGAUGAGGAAGAAUAUGAUUCACCAGGAGCCUCAGAGCAGUGGCCUCACGUCCAGACUGUCGACGCUACAGGAAGAUGUUGGAAAAUCUCAAGGGAGAAAAAGAUCGGCCAGUGUCACCAACUUGUCCCUGGACCGCUCCGGCUCUUCCAUGGUGCCUUCGUAUGACAGUUCUGUCAGUCCUCCAACCAGCAGAUCCAUGUCAGUCACCAAGAGCGGAACCAAACUGGACCACAGCGAGGAGGAGAGGAAGAUUCUGCUGGACUCCUCCCAACUGAAAGAGUUAUGGAAGAAAAUUUGCCACAACAGCACAGGGAUGGAGUUUCAGGACCACAGGUACUGGCUGAGGACAUACCCCAACUGCAUUGUGGGAAAGGAGCUUGUCAACUGGCUGCUAAGGAACGGCACGAUCUCCACCAGGGCGCAGGCCAUCGCCAUUGGUCAGGCCCUUGUUGACGGCCGUUGGCUUGAUUGUGUCACUCACCACGACCAGCUGUUCCGGGAUGAGUACGCUCUCUACCGCCCCCUACAGAGUACAGAGUUCUCGGAGACGCCGUCUCCAGAUAGCGACAGCGUCAACUCCUUGGAGGGACAUUCAGAACCGUCCUGGUUCAAAGACAUCAAGUUUGAUGACAGCGACACGGAGCAGCUGGCGGAUGAGACGGACUACGGCACAUCGAACUCUGCCAGCCCCAGCAAGAGGACGUCCGUCAGCAGCUUCCAGUCGGUGGUGGACAGCGAUUCAGCCGCGUCCAUCAACCUUAACAUGGAGCAAAACAACGUCAACUUCCACAUCAAGAAACAGUCCACGUAUCCACACGUGCCUCCCGCCACUGAGCAAAAAGCUGAGAUUCUUGUGUCUGAGGACGGAGGUCAGAAUAUCAUCAUAAGCGACGCCUUCAUCAAAGAGUCUUUGUUUAACCGACGUGUGGAAGAAAAGGCCAAAGAGAUGCUGUUCACUCCUCUGGGUUGGCACCACAGCUCUUUGGACCAGCUGAGAGAGGAGAAUGGAGAGAAGAAGGCCAUGGAGAGACUGCUCUCUGCCAACCACAGCCACAUGAUGGCACUGCUGCAGCAGCUGCUCUACAGUGAGUCUCUGUCUCUGUCCUGGCGGGACAUCAUCGUGCCUGUGGUUCGACAGGUGGUUCAGACGGUGAGGCCUGACGUCCGCAACUGUGACGACGACAUGGACAUCAGACAGUUCGUCCACAUUAAGAAGAUUCCAGGAGGCAGGAAGUUUGACUCCGUGGUGGUGAAUGGGUUUGUGUGCACCAAAAACAUUGCUCACAAGAAGAUGAACGCUCACAUCAAGAACCCAAAGAUCCUGCUGCUGAAGUGCUCCAUAGAGUAUUUGUACAGGGAGGAGACCAAGUUCACCAGCAUUGAUCCCAUCGUGCUGCAGGAGCGGGAGUUUUUGAAGAACUACGUGCAGCGCAUUGUUGACGUCCGUCCCAACCUGGUGUUGGUGGAAAAGACAGUGUCGCGUAUCGCUCAGGACAUGUUGCUGGAGCACGGCAUCACUCUGGUCGUCAAUGUCAAACCUCAAGUCCUAGACAGAGUGCGCCGAAUGACGCAGGGAGACCUGGUCAUGUCCAUGGACCAGCUCCUCACCAAACCUCGUCUGGGAACCUGCCACAAGUUCUACAUGCAGCCCUUCACACUGGCCAACAAUGAGGUGAAGACUCUGAUGUUCUUCGAGGGCUGUUCUCCGCACCUGGGAUGUUCCAUCAAGCUGCGCGGAGCUUCAGAGUACGAGCUGGCCAGGGUGAAGGAGAUCAUCAUGCUCAUGGUGUGCGUGGCCUACCACUCCCAGUUAGAGAUCUCUUUCCUCAUGGACGAGUUCGCCAUGCCGCCCAGUUUGGCCCAGAGCGCUUCCUUUCCUUGCCUGCUGGAAGGCGCCUCUACAGAGAAGCAGGAAAGGCAGGACGAGGAGAAGGAGACAAACGGAGACUCUGAGGAAUCUGCAGGUCAAAGUGAGGAGGAAGGGCUUUACAUGGAGGCGCUGUCCAAAGAUGCUGAGCUAGAAAGUCUCUCACCCCCAAAACCCAGAUCCUCUUAUUCUGGAAACACAGAAAUGGUCGUCGCCUCGUCUUCGCCGUUUUCCAGUCCACCUGCACUUCCUCUCGCGGUGUCACCUCCAUUUCUGCUGGAAGAGGACCAGGAGAUGACGCUUUCAGACACACUCGUCCCACCGUCUGAGGGUGAAACCAGAGAAGAGGGAAGUCUGGUAAAGGAGGACGGGGAGGAGGUGCAGGAGCUCUGCACGGGGGACGACGACGACGGUCCAGACACCCCCACACCGCGACGGUUCAGAGAUCCUCUGCAGGACGACACCGGAAUGUUCGUGACCGAGCAGGUGGCCUCCUUUGACGACCGUCUAAAAUCCAUCUCGAGUGUCUUCAAGCAGGAACUGAAGGACAUCAUCCUGUGCAUUUCACCUUUCAUCACCUUCAAAGAACCGUUUCUUCUGACCCCAGCAGGGAUGCACUGUCCCAGCAGGGACUAUUUCCCCGAGCAGGUCUACUUGUCUCCGCUGCUCAACAAAGACCUGAAGGAAAUGGAUGAUCGGCGAAAGCGGCAGCUCCUCAAAGACCCAGCACCGUCCUCCCUGCUCGUUGGUCAAUCCAACGGCACCGUCGCUUCCAGACCCGUCGACUUCCUGCCAAAUCACAGUCUGACCAGCACUCGGAUCAUAGAGCAGCUCAGCAGCAGCCACGAUCUGGCCAAAAUGCUGGCGGAUUUCAGAGCAAAGGGUGGACGCAUCCGACAGAGGGAAGUUUGUGACCCGUUCUGUGCAACCGGCUCUAACAGCACUGCAGCUGGUGUCAAUGGUCACAGCAGGACAACAGAGGCGUCGGUGGUCAAACACCCGGUAAAGGCCGACAGCGAGGAGGAGAAACCAAACAGACUGAAUGAAAUGACCUGGGCACCGAAGCUGGACUGUCUGAACCCUGUCAACCAUCAGAGACUCUGCGUACUCUUUAGCAGCUCCUCUUCCGAGUCCAACAACGCACCCAACCCCUGUGUCAGCCCCUGGAUUGUCACCAUGGAGUUCUACGGCAAAAAUGACCUGUCUCUGGGGAUAUUCCUGGAACGAUACUGUUUCAGACCUUCUUACCAGUGUCCCAGCAUGUUCUGUGAAACUCCCAUGGUGCACCACAUCCGGCGCUUCGUGCACGGCAGCGGUUGCGUGCAGAUAGUGUUGAAGGAGCUGGACUCCCCUGUGCCUGGGUAUCAACACACCAUCCUCAACUACUCCUGGUGCCGCAUCUGCAAGCAGGUGACGCCUGUCGUGCCUCUGUCCAACGACUCCUGGUCCAUGUCUUUUUCCAAAUACCUGGAGCUUCGCUUCUACGGACAUCAUUACACCAGACGGGCCAACGCUGAGCCCUGCGGACACUCUAUGCACAAGGAUUACCAUCAGUACUUCUCCUACAACCAAAUGGUGGCGUCUUUCAGCUACACUUCAGUAAGGCUCUUAGAGAUCUGUCUACCUCGCCCGAAGCUCUUCAUCAAGAACCUGGGACCUUCCAAAGCCAACCUGCAGCAGGACCUGAAGGACUUCUCUCAAAAAGUAACACUGGUCUACGCGGCCGUAGACGACCGGCUCACCUCCCUAAAGACUGACACCUUCAGUAAGACCAGAGAGGAAAAGAUGGAGGACCUCUUCGCUCAGAAAGACAUGGAAGAGGCAGAGCUUCGCAGCUGGAUUGAAAAGCUUCAGGCGCGGCUGCAGGUCUGUGGCGUGGACUCUCCGCAGCAGCUGCAGGUGGUUCUGGAGUCACUGGUGAUGAAGAAACAGGGUCUGUGUGAGACUCUGCAGUCCUGGAACAGCAGGCUGCAGGAUUUGUUUCAGCAGGAAAAAGGCGGGAACCGUCUGCCCGCCCCCCCCAGUCCAGGCAGGCACAGACAGGCUACCACUGACGAAAGCAAGGGUCCUCUUGAUUCCUCCCCCCGUAACCCGUCCCCUGUGGUACAAAACAGUGAAAAAGAGGACCGUCUCCUCAGUGCCAUGACCUCGGCCUCCUCUUCCUCCCUGCUACCGUCACCAGGAGAACCCGGAGGAGACCCGUUCACGCCUGGUCCAUCGUUUGGCGAGCAGGACUCCGUCAGCAUCCCAGAAGAUGUUUUUGAUGGACACCUGCUGGGCUCCACUGACAGUCAGGUGAAGGAAAAGUCCACCAUGAAGGCCAUCCUUGCUAACUUCCUUCCCGGAAACAGCUACAACCCCAUUCCCUUCCCAUUUGAUCCAGACAAACACUAUCUGAUGUACGAACACGAGCGAGUUCCCAUCGCAGUGUGUGAGAAAGAACCCAGCUCCAUCAUCGCCUUCGCUCUCAGCUGUAAGGAAUAUAAAACGGCUCUAGAAGAUCUGUCUAAGCCGUCAAACACAGGAGCAGAAGAAACUCCACAGGUCGUCAGUUCCGAGAGUCGAGCCAAGAGCAGUCCCGCCAGGCCAACCGAGUCCAUCCAGAGCCGCAGCAGCGUCGACACUGAUCCACUCAAAGAUACAGACCUGACGGACAAGCAGAAGAAACAGACUAUGAAUCCACACAUUGAACUGCAAUUCUCCGAUGCUAAUGCUAAGUUCUACUGCCGGAUAUACUACGCAGAGGAAUUCCACAAGAUGCGUGAGGAGAUCAUGGAGAGCAGUGAGGAAGAUUUUGUCCGUUCGCUGUCUCACUGCGUCAACUGGCAGGCCAGAGGCGGGAAAUCUGGAGCAGUCUUCUACGCCACAGAAGAUCAUCGCUUCAUCCUGAAGCAGAUGCCCAGACUGGAGGUCCAGUCCUUCCUGGACUUUGCUCCCAACUACUUCACCUACAUCACUGGAGCUGUGCAGCAGAAGCGUCCGACGGCUCUGGCUAAGAUCUUGGGCGUUUACCGCAUCGGUUACAAGAACUCUCAAAACAACACUGAGAAAAAACUGGACUUACUGGUGAUGGAGAAUCUCUUCUAUGGACGUAAGAUGGCUCAGGUUUUUGACCUGAAGGGGUCGCUAAGGAACCGCAACGUGAAGACCGACUCAGGGAAGGAGAGCUGUGAGGUGGUUCUUCUGGACGAGAACCUCCUGAAGCUGAUCCACGACAACCCUCUGUACAUCCGCUCACACUGUAAAGCCAUUCUGAGAGCAGCCAUCCACAGCGACGCCUACUUCUUGUCCAGUCACCUAAUCAUCGACUACUCCCUGCUGGUAGGGCGGGACGACGCCACCAAUCAGCUAGUGGUGGGGAUCAUAGAUUACAUAAGGACAUUUACGUGGGACAAAAGACUGGAGAUGGUCGUAAAAUCCACUGGAAUUCUGGGAGGUCAAGGAAAAAUGCCCACGGUGGUGUCUCCAGAACUGUACCGAGCUCGAUUCUGCGAGGCCAUGGACAAGUACUUUCUGAUGGUUCCUGAUCACUGGACCGGCCUGGGAGUCAACUGUUGAUCUCCAGGAAGUCCAAGUGAAGAGACUCCAACCCACACACACCCACCCUCAGACUGUGUGUGUGUGUGUUGAGGCUCAAGACCGCAUCAUUUCAACCACUGACCGUGAAGCACAUGGACUGAACUGGACUGUAGAUAUGACUGAAGUUCAGACUGAAGCACAGAAUCAUUCCACAGACACAGAGGCUUCUCUGCAGAAACCACUACAGCUGGUUAAUGGUAUUAGAAAUUACGGCAAACCAGAUUUAAAAUCCUUUUUUUAUUAUCAGCAGGGACCUUUUCUCUAAUCAACAGAUUAGUAAUUUAUCUCCUGUUUUUUUUAUGUUGUUAAUAAUAUCAUUUAUAUUAUUAGAGUCCAACUGUUUCAAAAAUAUGAAGAGUCACAUGAUUAUGUUUUAAGGCAAACAGAUGGAUGUAAAUUAAAGUUUGUAAAUGUACAGAGAUGAUGUAACUAAAUAAAUAUUAUUGACAAAGA